AUUUACCGUACAAAAUUUUCGCUUUUGUCAAUUUCUCGAGAUGCGUUUUUUUCAUGGAAGCAAAAUCGAAUUUUCCUCAAGUGGAUAAAAGUGAAAAUUUGUAAAUUUUUACAGAUUAAAAGUAUAAGCCGCCCAGGUAGACAUCCUUGUUGAGAAUGUAUAACCGUAGCAACAACGGUGGCGGAAGCCGGAAUCAGAACGGAUCUAACAGUCGUCAACCUGGUACGAGUGCAGGAGCUACAACAAUCCAUCCGGUUAAAAGUUACCAAACUACAGAUUCCAAUUCCGCCGAAUCUCCCGGAUGGAGCGCCCUAAACCCAAACCUGUACCAAAACAUGUCUAACAGCCAGGUGGAUUGGGCAGCGCUGGCCCAGCAAUGGAUACAGAUGAAGGAAACGCUUCCGGCUAGCAUGGUUCCGGCAGCUCCCCCUCCGCCCAUAAUUUCUGAUAAUUACAACUCCAAUAGCCGAGAUUCGUCCUCGGAUGGAUUUCGAACAACCGGAUCAAUCGGUGAGCAGGGUGAAGCCCCAAUGGAAGUUGAACGAGACGAGGAACCAUCUCACUCGACAGACUGGUCAAACAGGAAUGUUGCUCCUUGGCACUACUCCAACCAAAGUCAAUGGCAAAAUCCUGCCUGGGACGGCGGCAAUUGGUCUGUCGGGUCCGGUCAAGUCGAUAAGGCUUCUUCAGUUCCUUCUUACGAGAGUGGAUCCGGAAUGGUUGCGGUCAAUCCAAAUGCAUCGCAGGCUGUUGCAAAUUGGCAAGCUAAGAUGGCACGCAUCUAUAAAAUAGGUGAGCCUAUUAUUUCUGGGGCCAUUCCAGGCAAUGUACAACUUGCCCCUCCAAACGCACAGCAUACGAAUCAACAGCCCCAACUGGACCUGGGUUCUGCCUCCAAAAGGAUACCGGGCCUGAUGGAUCAGAUGAUAAAAUUUGAUCCUCAUGAUUCAACAUCGUUCGAUCAUCAAAAUGACCCGGAACUGGAGGAUGAGUCUGGUAGUCAGGGCUUGAACGAUGCUAAACGCAAACUUCUUCCGGCCUGGAUUCGGGAAGGUUUGGAAAAAAUGGAACGCGAGAAGUUACGCGUAGCCGAGAAAGAAAAGGAGCAAAAGCAACGGGCAGAGGCGCUGGAGCAGCGGAGAAAGGCGGAAAUGGAAGCAUUGGCAGAAAUGGAGCAGGCAAAUAAAAAAAGUAAAUUUGAAUCGGAUUCGGAGGAAGAAGAUGGAGUAAAAGAUGAGCAACCACAAGGUGUUGAGGAUAAUGAAAUACCAGCAACUACUCGACCUCGGGAUGAAAUUAUACAAGAAUUGAUGGUCUCCGUACGGAAAAAUUUGACCGAAAUUCUACUAGAGGUGACGAAUGAAGAAAUUUCUGUUUUAGCGAAAGAAACACUUGUCAAAACCAAAAGAAAAGCACCGACAGCCCAAACUCUACGUAAGACCGGUCUUGCUUCGAUCACAGGAGGUCUCGGUCUCGGAAUUUACGGUGAUAGCGAUGAAGACGAAGAAAGUGGGUCGGAUAACGACGAAACGGCGAAUAGUGAAAAUGAAGAAGAAACCGAAAAAAGCUUGAAAGUUUCUAUUAAGCAGCGUCAGAAAGAAUUUGAACGAACGGCCCGGGAAAUCGAGGAACAGAUCGAACAAGAGGAAGCUCGAGAGGAACGCAAACGGCGUGAAUAUGAGCAAAGGAUGUGCCAAGACGCAUCGCCACAAAAGCCGGCUAACGAUAGCGACGACGACGAUUACAGUCGAUCAGUUGGAGGAGGUCGAGCUGGCUUGGGUCAUUCCCAGCAAUCGUCCUUCGCUGCUGGUAGCGGAGGGCAAGGAAGUAGAUUUGGACCAAGAGACGGUGAGACCCAGCCAGUUAAUGAUAAAUUAAAUUUCUACAAACUUGGACGUUCCCGGGAUAAGCGUAUUUCAAGAUUCAGUGACCCUAAGGACACCGUCCGCCAAACGCAUAUUACUCAUGUGGCAAUAGUGAAUCACAAACCGGGUGAAGUUGUUUCCCAACUACAGAUGCUAUCAAAGUCGACCCAGCCUCUGUCUAUGGCUGCGGCCGGAAGUAGUGGAAUUUCUCCGCCGAUUGUCAAUCCAGCUUCUGUUCCAUUAUUUCCAGCUGCUCUGAUAUCUUCACUGCAACACGAAAGCUAUCAAAGAGGGAAUAGUGUGGCAUCGGAAACACCUUCGCAUGCUUCCAGCAGUCGCGCUUCAUCUUCACAUAGAGAAUCAAGCAAAACCUCUUCCCGUAGCAAAUCACACAAAAGCAAGAAACAUAAACGAUCCCGCUAUAGUAGUGAAGAAGAGGACGACUAUUACGAUGAGGAAGAUAGAUAUUCGCAUCGCUCUCGACGGUCGCGUAGCUCUGAAAGAAGUGGUUACUCUUCCCGGAGACGGAGAUCUCAUUCGCGAGAUUCGAGGGACGACGCCAGGAGCCGGAAACGGUCGUAUCGAUCGCGUGAUCGAUCACGGUCGAGAUCUCGGGACCGUUAUCGAUCUUCGCGCCAUCGAUCCCGUAGCCGGUCCAGGUCGCCUUCCUCGCGGAAAAGAUAUUGAAAGGCUCCUUCGAUAGUGAUUCGUGAACAUUUUGAAUUGAUUGAACAUUUACGUGAGCCAACGCAGUUAAAAUGUGAAUUUGGAUAGAACUUAAUUGUAUUACGACGUGUAUCCCAAUUUUAGGAUAGUGUUUUGCAUUUUAAGCAAUAGUUUGCUUUGAUUUUUAGAAGCAAAUCGUUCCAACAUUGAGCACCUUUCAUUUUUACAAGCUGUAAAUGGCAAACAAUUCUCUCAGAAACUUGUGUUUCAUCAUUUGUCUGAAAUAAAGUGAUGAUUUUGUUGAAUGGCACACUAGAACAGCAGAUCAGCGUUAAAAAUUUAAUUUUUACAGCGUUUUCAAAUAAUAUUAAAGUUUAACCAUUUGUCAGUUCAUUAUCAAGUGUAUCCCCAGUUGCUGUCAAUUCGGAACAAGCUUUGCGAAAUUCAAACCCAGUAUUCAAAAUUCAAACGAAACAAUUGGAACCCGGAACGUGUCAUGUGCCCAUCAUGACAGGCAUUGUUUGAAACCAAUAUUUAAUAUAAACAGAUACAGCCGAUUGA